AAUAAUCACAUCUCAUCUCUCUCACAGACCAGAGACGGCAUCACCAUGGAGUUUUCACCCUCUACCCCCAACACCACCCAGAACUCCAACACCACCACAACCGUCCACUACACCCAGACUAACCGUUUCGGCAGCCGAUGCAAGUCUCUAACCUACAAUAUCUCACUCAUCAACGACAACAGCACCUUCCAGUUCGACGUGGGGGGCCGAUUCAACCUCACUGGGGUCUUCCUGGAGACCUCCUGCCCAGACUGUCUGGUGAUGAAGUGGGAGGUGAGCUCCAGGAGGAGGGAGUCUACGGACCUGUACCUGCUGAGGAAGACGGAGGGUGGGAGAGAGGUGGAGGAAGAGGAGAUGGAGGAGUUCAGGAAACAAGUGGAGUGUAUGGGGCUGCCGCCACCAGUGGUGAUGGAGCCAGGGAAUGCCCUCUGUGGUUCCUAUGAGCUCCCCUGGAAACACUGAGGAGGAGGAGAAGACGAAGACGAAGCUCGAUCAGUGUGAUCAGAGAGUGGGGGCCGUGAGACCGAUGUAGAGACACGUUUUCUGUCAUCUGUUUUGUAAUCCAACAUUUCUGUGUUUACUGUUUGUCGAUGACCUGUAGAAUUUUGAGGGGGAAAAAAGAUGCAGGAUUUGUCAUAUUAUUCUGUCUUCUUUGCCUCUUUAACAGAUGUAAUUUCGUUCACAGACUGAUUUAAUGUCCCAGAGCUGAAGCUAAUUCACAGAGACAGUGGGAUCCAGCAGGAAUGUCAGGACGUCAUUAGGACCGCUCCAAACUCUAUGCACAAUGGGAAAGAAAAGUAUUUUAUAAUUGGAUUACUUUUGUAUAAUUUGGCAUAACCUCAUUUGUCCAUGCAUUAAAGUGCUCAUACAGUUAAUUCUCAGAUUAAACUGGAUGGAACAGUGAA